AUGCCGCCGCAACAGGGAGAAGCGGACUACAUCAGCAAGCCAGUACCAGGCUGUUGCAACUGCGAGGUGCCUCCCGUACCCCCACGCCGGGUGCGCAGCAGCCGGGGCGCAGCCGCCGCCGCCCUUGGGGCAGCCCUGGGGAGCCGCUGCCGGGCUGGGGGCGCGGAGCGGCGAAGCAUCAAGUGCGUGCUGGUCGGGGACGGCGCGGUGGGCAAGACCAGUCUGGUGGUGAGCUACACCACCAAUGGGUACCCGACGGAGUACAUCCCAACCGCCUUCGACAACUUCUCGGCUGUGGUAUCUGUGGAUGGCAGGCCAGUGAGACUGCAGCUCUGUGACACAGCUGGCCAGGAUGAGUUUGACAAGCUCCGGCCUCUGUGCUACACCAACACGGACAUCUUUUUGCUAUGCUUCAGCGUGGUAAGCCCUUCAUCCUUUCAGAAUGUGAGUGAGAAGUGGGUCCCGGAGAUUCGCUGUCACUGCCCCAAAGCCCCCAUUAUACUGGUUGGUACCCAGUCAGACCUCCGAGAAGAUGUCAAAGUCCUCAUUGAACUGGACAAAUGCAAAGAGAAGCCAGUGGCUGAGGAGGCUGCUAAGCUGUGUGCGGAGGAGAUCAAAGCUGCCUCCUACAUCGAGUGCUCUGCCUUGACUCAGAAAAACCUCAAAGAGGUCUUUGAUGCAGCCAUUGUGGCUGGCAUUCAGCACUCGGACACUCAACAGCAACCAAAGAAGUCCAAGAACAGGACUCCAGACAAAAUGAAAAAUAUCUCCAAAUCUUGGUGGAAGAAAUAUUGCUGUUUGGUAUAGUGCUGCUGGCCAGAGACCCCAAAAAAGCUAUUUUUAGAAUACAAAUUAGAAGCUAUAUUAGCUUAAAUGACUUUUCCUUUUACUGUAUAGAAAAUAUGUGUGUAUAUAUAUAUAUAUAUAUAUAAAAUACAUGUCACUGUGGGAGAGCUCAAUUUAUGUGCUUCUUUGUUCUCUUUUUCUCUUCAAUUUCUUGUAUGAGCAAAAGGGGCAGACAUAUUUAUGCAAAUGAUUUUUAAGUAGAUUAAUGAUUUUCCAGCAAUCUGAUCGUUUUCAAGCCCCAUCACACCGCCUGUGAGAAGACACUCCAGACCUGGGUAAAGAUUAUGGAGUUUUUGUAGUAUUUUAAUGUAUAGAAGGCCAAAGAGGCAUGAUAGAUGAUGGGAGGAAAAAGAAACCUUGACUUGAUUUAAGGCUACUUAAUGAAACAGUGGACUGUGAAAUAAGAGUCAUCUCCAGGCAUUUGUACCUCUUGGAAAUGUGGUGCCUGCUAAAGAACAACAUUUUUAGCCUUAGAACUCCAUGCAGACUGCACUUUUAUUUAAAAAAAAAAUCUGUGGAAACUUGCAAUGGCUUGUGUUAUACAACCUCGAAACAAUUGGUUCAUUCGGUUAUAGUAGUCAAGGAUAAGUGCCUGGCCAAUUCAGUGGGAGGGAAAAAUCCAUCCAAGUGGUUAUUUGGCAUUGUGUGGACCCCUCUCAAUUAAAAAAAAUUGUACUUAAAUCUGUUGUGUGCAUUGGGUAGACAUGGGUCAAAUGACAUGCUGGUGUUAAGUGAGUCUGGUGGAAUGUCUCUUUUUGUUUUAAGGGAAUGACCAUAUUAAUGGGAGAAAAAUGUGGCCAGUUGAGCUUCCUGACUCCCCUUUUAGGUUCUGCGAUGUGUGCCCCAAACUACCUCCUUCCCACUUUGUUCUAACUCCCAGGGCAGGGCACUCACUCUUUUCUCUGUCUUGAGAGCUUGCAUGGCUAAUUUGUACCAUCUGUAAGGCUUGAGAAUGCUCUUUUGAUGGGAGGCAGCCAACGUUUGUGUGACACAAUGUAUCUUUUUUUAAAAGUCAGCCAAUAUGUUCUUCUCAACGUUUCCCCUUCACAUAAUGGCUGUUUAUGCUGCUGAUUCAACUUCUUAAAAAAAAUUAAUGAGAAUAGAGGAUAUGCUACAAUUACUGGAUUUUCAGGGAAAAAGCCUGACUUUUUCCUCAUUAGAAGGCUUUUUACAAAGAGAGAUCAUUUGGAGUCAAGCCCAGGUGUGCCAAUAUAAAGCUUUUAAUUUAAUCGUCUGCUGAGACUGCUUUAAAAAGUACCAGUUAUGAUAAAACCCGUGAAAGCAUUCAGUGAAAUGCAACAGAUGACUUUCCCCAAAGAACUGGCAGCAGAAUAAUGCCAUGUGUCUUAAAGAUCAUGAGUGCGCUGCUGCCCUUAGGAAUGGGAGGCUAGUGUUUUAAUUGGCUGCAGCUGAGCUCCGUGGAUCAGGAGACCUGUGUUCACAGCUCCUAAGCAAGGAAGCCUUGGGACUUGGAGAAUGGCACUUACUUGUGAGUCAUGCAGAUUCGCUGGUAGGUGAUAUUUACAAGGCAUUGUUUCUCUUGGAAAAUGCCACCUCAGCCUUUCACACACACUGCCUGACAUGCAGCUGGGGUGCAGCAGGUUUCUUUCCUUUUUCUUUUUAGUUUCUGAUCUCCAGCUUGCCCUGAGUUAAGCCAGCUUUUCCAUAUUUACUGCAGUAUCUAACCUGAAAGGGAAUCUUGGUGUAGCCAUGACGUUAGAAGAGUCCUAACUGCUUUUGCCUCUAUGUAUUUAAUAAGUCCCAACUCAUGUUCUCUAGAGGAAGAGCAAAACCAUUUUCUAGUUCUUUUUUGCUCUUGCUGGUAGCUAUCAAAGAAUCUCUUUCAAAUAUAUAUGGAACAAAAGGUUAACCUGUAAACCUCUUAAAUACACAUGGGCUCUUGUUAUUAUUUAUCUUUUGUUAUGAUUAAAUGGAUGCCAUAGCUUUUGGAAAUGUUUAGUUGCAACCUGAAUUGAUUAAAAAAAAAGUUGCUUAACUUCUUGUGAUUCUUAAAACACACUUUAUUGAAUGAAUGAAUUCUAGACAAUUCCUAAGCCUAAUUUAAAGGAUUCUAUCUGAAGCAUUUAGAUUUUUUUAAAAAGGGAAAUUAGGCCCACACACCUUCCAGUUCUGAAAGCCUCACUUACCAUGCUUCCAUUUCUUAUCAGAUGCCUGAUUCUACAUCACUGAAGCUAGACAUUGAGCCAAGAACAGAGCCCAGUUACUACUUGGGCUAACCCUGAUGCUUAAAGUUUGGGGGGUUGUCUUUAUGAGUGCAGGAAUUUUGAUAUUUUAUGUUUUAUGGAGUGGGAAAGUUGGGGUUAGGCCAGAGGUUUCUCUGCAUAUUUAUUUGUCUAUUAAAUUAGGCAGGGUGGGGAAACUUUGAAAACUUUAUGUAUGUGUGAGGAUAGGAAGUCAACUCAUUUUAUAGCCCAGAAAACACGUUAUAUGUAAACUUGCAUCUUGGGAGAACAAAGAUUAUUUUUUAUCAGCACCCUAUUUUUGUGUGUGCCCGUCUAACAUAAAUCUUGAACUCCAGGGCAAUAUUACCAUUUCAGAAAAUGUGAUGUCCUUGAGCCUGUUUUGUUAUCUUCUUUUUGCUAUGUGUAUAUGAACCAAAUUUUUGCAACUUUAUGGAACCUAUGCUUUCUGUUCAUAGGCAUAUUCUGAGAAACCACAGGUAUUUUACAAAGCCAGAAUGAGGAAAAAGUCUUCCAUAUUGCCUCUUCUCAAUAUUGUGCCUUACCAAGUUUUGUUUUUCUGUUUUUAAGUGUAGGUGAUACUGAACAGAAUGUUUCACUUGAAAAUGCGAUGAGUUGGGUGGUGUGAAAUAAAUUCCAACCUGUAUAUAUUUGCCUCUGCCUAUCUUAUGGAAGAUUUUCUUUUGGAAAUAAAUAUGUAUGGUCCAACCACCUCUUUGAAAACA